UUUUCUGUACCAUCCCCGGUGGACUAUGCGUUCCAUUUACCCCCCAAGAACCAUGUUGUAGAAAUGAGAUACAAAAUAUAAACGAAUACGAAUUAUAGAAAUUUGAAUGUUUUUUUUUUUUUUCAUCGCAUCAUCCACUAGUCACCGGUCUGACUUGGCUUCUGUCAUCAUUUCUCUUCAGCCUGCCUGUGGAUUUUGCCGCAAUGCCGCGGAACCCAUUGGUUCCGGGGGUUCUGAUGCCGUCAGUGGUGGUGGCGCUUUCCGGCGCGCAUUGCCAAAUCCUUUCCUCCCCCCUCCCACCCAAGCCUCGAUCAUUCUAUCAGGCUGCGCUCUCGACCAAAUGCCAACACUAUGGACUUGUUGCACGAAGAGAGCAAAACAAACAUUUUAGUUGUCAUUAGGGGAAACUACUUCGGCUACCUGCAUUGCCAUGUCUUAAGCUUGUCAGUUCGUGACUGACUUAGAGUAGAAGUAUAUUUCAUCGCCUGAUAACCAUACCGGUCGGUGGUUUUUUUACUGAGUAACCCUGAACCCGACUAGGACCGGAACCAGAAGUA